AUGAUCCUUAUUACAACAAGGAAACCAAAAAUAUGCCUUGAGGUCAUCAUUAAUCCUGCAUGGAACCCACUAUUUUCAUGUCAACCACAAAUUGACCCAAAUCUAUUCACAAAUGAAUUGUCUGCCCUCUUUGUGGAUGCCCUUGCCAACCAAUUUGGCCUUAGCGAUGCAGAACAGGACUUACGGAAAAACCUACAUGGUUUUGCUAAGCUUGGUCAUGGAUUGAGCAAAUAUGACCUUGCAACUAGAACUUAUCUCCUUGGCAGUGAUCUUAUCUUUGAUCCUAACAGGAUCACGUUCAUGACACUUCAUUUUGAUGUCGUGGUAAAUCCUACCAAUCGCAAGGCCUUCAAACUCACAAACAUCUAUGGAAACCCAGCAAGGGAACAUUUUCUGACCAGCUAUACCAAAAAUCAGUGUUCUAGCAUCUGUAAUUCAUUUCGAAAGUUGCUAUGUGACAGUGUCAUUGGCGAUGACACAAGCACACUAUCAGACUUUAUUUAUGACAGUUCGAAUCAUUUCCGUCGGGCAGGCAGGAACUCAGACCUUGGAUAUCCAAUCCAUGCCUGUUUGGCUAUCUUGGCAGAGGAAGAAGAUGAGAGUCCCACAAUACUGAGUACAGAAGAUGCUGAAGACUCUCCUAUCAGAGAACCACUGAAGAAGAAGCAUAAGCAUGGUCAAGGUGGGUACAUCGUCAAAGGUAAGGACUUCUGGUCCAAAGUUGAAAUGUGGUUUGAGGCACAACAGAAGCAGUGGGGAGAAUGUUGGGGCACACCAGGCUAG